AUGGUCGUCGACGGCUGUGAAGCUGACGCUAAUCAUCACUGCCAUCGCAUUGUUACUCUGGCGAAGCCCUGCGCCGCCGCGCGCGCGGAAGCCGCCUGCCGCAGCGGCGCGCAGCUAGAAUACCUCCAAUUCUACUACUGCACGUUUGAAGGAAGCCCAGUAUUGGGUGUAGCGCUGCUGCUGACGUGGCUGGCGGCGCUAAUUUUCCUCCUGGGAAAUGUCGCGGCGGAUUUUUUCUGCCCCUCGUUAGAAGAACUCGCGGAGCUGCUGCGGCUGCCGCCCGCUGUAGCGGGGGUUACGCUGCUGCCGCUGGGAAAUGGUGCUCCUGACGUGUUCGCCAGUGUGGUGGCGUUUGUGGGAAAAGGACAUCAGAGCCUGGUGGGCUUCAACGGCGUCUUGGGGGCGGCGUGUUUCGUCUCCACCGUCGUGGCUGGCUCCGUUUGUCUCGUAGCGGCCAGCAAGGCUCCGAGGGUCCAGUUGCACAGAUCGUCCUUUAUACGAGACCUGACCUUCUUCCUCCUUGCUGUCUUGGCCCUGUGUGUGCUGGUGUGGCAGCGCGCGCGCGCGGUGCAUCUACCCCACGCACUGCUCUUCUUUGCCAUCUACCCCGCCUACUGCGUCGCUGUCGCGCUCUACCACUGCAUGCCAGCAGCGGAGCCACGCACCCCCAGAUUCCAGAUACACCCCUUCAUUCGCUCAGUGUCACAGGCAACGAUACCCCACUGGCUGUGGACGCACGAGCGCUCGCUCUUCCACUCCCGGCUCCACACCCAUCACUACCUCCACCCCAGCACCUACCUCCCCCUCCCUUUUAUCUUCUCCCGGGAGAAUUCGGCCAAUAGCAACGUGCCACCUGGCCACGUGGAGGCCGAGGACGUGACAGCUGGCAGCGGCAGCUGCCCUGUGGUGCUGCCGCCCCGCCUGCUGUUCCCCCCGCUGUCCUCCUCCCCGUCCCGCACUGCUCCUCCUGUGCUUCACUCUGCUGCCUCUGCUGAUUUUUCCGGUGCUGAUGAUGCAUUCACUGCUGCUGCUGCUGCUGCUGGUAGUGCUGGUGGUGUGGCUGGUGCUGCUAGUGCUGCUGGUGUGCCUGCGGGUGGUGCCGCUCGUGGUACUGGUAACCGCAUGGCGGCGAGUGUAACAGACGAGCUGAGAGAACCACUGUGGGGCUAUGACGAGGAAAUGGAAGACCCAGAGCUGCGCCCCUGGACCUUUGCCGGUUUCUGCGAGUACUUCAUAAAGUUCCCGCUCACGCUGCCGCUCCUCUGCUCCAUCCCCGUCCACCACAAAGACGAGUG